AUGAAUGUGAAGGAAGCAAGAGAUGUUCUUAAAACCGUAAAGCAAGCCGCAGAUGCUGCCAAAGGAUCUGCCGAAGAGGUCUACCAGAAGGCUGCAACAUCUAAGAAUGAUUCAGAAGAGGCGUCAAAGGCUGUGACGGCUGCGAAAACUGCGGCUGAUGAGCUGAAAGAGGCUGUUGCAGCUGGAGUUGAUGAUGGAAAGGCUGCUGAUGUUAAGAAAAAAGCUCAGAAUGCCAUGACAACAUCUAGUUCAGCAAAGCAACUUCUUCUUAAAUUGUCAGCAAGCUCGAAUGGCGUAAUGAACGAAGCGACUGCAGCAGUUGCGAGUGUUAUGUCGGUUAUCAAUGAAGCUCAAAAAGUAGUGAAGUUGCCCGAUAGUCCACUCGCAGAGCAUGCAAAUACAGUGUCUAAACACGCAGAGACCACCCAUGCAGCGUUGCUGAGCGCCUCGAGUAAUGCCAGUUCGUCGUCGGAGGAGUCAAUGAAGGCUCAGAAGAGCGCAGCGGAGGCAGAGAAACACGCUCAGGACGCAGUGAACGAUGCUGCCAUGGUGGCGAGUGCGAGCAGGGAGACGGAAGAUGCCUUAAGAAUAGGCACCAAUAAAGCAAAUCUCAAGAAGUACGCUCAUGAUGCACCACCAAGUGUCACCGCAAUGGUGGAACAAGCCGAACGUGCGAAUAAACAAGCCACAGCUGCACUGGAGAACGCCAACAAGGCGGUUGAAGCCGCUGGAAGAAUGGUGGAGGCUGCAGAAGCCGCCGAAGCUGCUGCUGAUGAAGCUGUGAAGCAGACUAAAAAGGGAGUUAUUUCACCACGUACCCCUCAGACAACCAUUGAUUCACAACUGCCGCAGACUAAGCAGGACAACGGGCAUCCUUCUGGCAUCGCAGUGAAUCAUGCAAGUAACGAAGGUGAUGCUGCUGAUUUAAUAAAUGAUGGACUUGCUUUAAGACAACGUCAAGGUGUACCAAAAGAUAAGAAAGAAGUGGAAGUACCUAACAAUACUCCAGUUUCACCUGCUUCUCAAGCACCGGCAGGAAGAAAGGACAACACCCAAACACUUCCCCCUGCAGCGCUACCCAACGCAGCCGAUGCACAAGCCCCGCCAGCCGGUGAGUCACAGACAGCCGCCGUGCCUAAUGGUCUUUCUUCAACCGAACCCACUGAAGCCACCACAACGUCUAAUGAACACACUGGGGAGACAUCCUCUCCAGCCAGCGAUGCGCCUGAGUCUCCGCUGCUUCCAUCGAGCAGCGUUGUGAGUGCCGCGAUGGGUGGGAGUGGCAGCACAGACGGCAGCGGCAGCGCAGGAUGGAUGUGUGCGCCGUCACUGCUGUUGCUGUUGGGUGCAUUGAUUGGCUGCUCGGUUUUCUGA